UCGAUUUGGGGUGACAAUAUGUGAGGAUACAAGCAUAUUACAAAUGUACAGGGUAAUUCCCAUGCUCUAAUUCUAGAUGCUAGAUUCUCUGGAAAGUCUCAAGCUUUAUAUUUUCACAUAUCUGGUGAAAUGACCAGUUGUACAUUAUGGAUAAGUUCUUUCUAGGUCCUCUAAGCCUUCCAGAGUAACUAAUGUGCUUUGAUCUCAAACAUAAUAUAUCUUAUAAUUAAAUUUUGCAGGCCCCAAUGCUUAUAUCUGUUUAAGCUGAAUAGUUCAGGGGAAGGUUUACUGCAGUCUGUGCAAUGCACAAAUGCAGUGAGAUCUAGAGUAGAGAAGUUGCUUUAAGAAAGAGCCUCCUGUUGCGGUUGAACCGGGACUAGCUAUGGAUAAUCUAUCUACUGAUCUGAUACCAACGGCAGAUCAGUAUUUCCUCUUGAACUUUAUCAUAGGGAUUUACUUUGCACCUGAUCUCAAGGAAGAAAAAAUCCGCAAGCCUGUAUUACAAAGAUAUGUUGAAGGUCUUCCACCAUACAUUUCCAAUCAAUUGGCUGGUUCAUUUAUGAGUAUGGUAGAAAUGGAAAGGGUGUACUACUGUGUAGUAAGAAAGGCAAGUAGAUCUGUCAUCAUGAAACCCCCAAUGUUGCGCCUGUUCUUUCAAGGAAAUCUUCCUGCCCCGGUUGAAGACCCCAGCUUGGCUUACCCACAAUUUGAUGAUCUCUUCCCUCCUAAGUUGCAUCCCCGUACACAAAGUGGAAACCAGUAUGAUAUGGUUCAGAAUAUUGUUUUCAUCAACGAGCCAGACAUCUCAUACAUAAAGCCAGAGGAUAUUGACAGGUUUAAGAGGCUGACAGGACUAGAAGAGUUCCAUCUGGACGGAGAGAGUUCAAUGUUGCACAAUUCUGUAGGGGGUGAGAUGGUAUAUGAUCUGGUAGGGCAAGAAGAAGAUCAGUCUGAAGAUUUUCUACACCGUGGUUCUGCGCAAAAUUUUAGUGCUGUACCAUAUACUGGUACACCAACUGAACAUAAUAUGCCAUCUAAUGGUACGCUACCUUUAGGCAAUAACUUUGCUAAUCCUCUAAUGGAUGGUGCCACAAUUCCAUCACCCACAAAAACUAGUUCUGCAGAUGACUAUGAGCCAAGAAAGAUAUUCCUUCCUUCUUUUCCAUCAAGGGAGGUUUGGAGUAACAUCAUUGCAGCCACUAAGAAUGGAUUUUCUGUGACUGGGAGUGCAGCAAGGGGACAAGUAGGGCCUGUUAUAGGACUCAUAGAUAUCGGCGAGAGCGAUGAUUCGUACCUAUUCCGAGUGUCACUUCCUGGAGUGAAGAGGGAUGAAAGAGAGUUCAGCUGUGAAGUGGAGAAUGACGGUAAAGUGUUAAUCAAAGGAGUUGCAACAACUGGUGAGAAAACAGUCCACAAAUACUCUCAAGUGUUUGAGAUGCAAUCUCAGAAUCUUUGUCCUUCAGGAAAUUUCUCCAUCUCCUUCAAUCUCCCUGGUCCAGUUGACCCUCGUCAAUUUUCUGGUAAUUUUGGUACUGAUGGGAUCCUUGAGGGAAUUGCAAUGAAAGCUGGACAAUGCUAACAAUAGCACGAAAAAGCUCACUCAUUGGCUUCACCAUUUUCUAUGAGUGUGCAUCUCUGACAUAUCCUUGCCUUGUACAUGUGACAGAAAAUGUGACUUUUGGAUAUAAAAAUUCCUGUUAAUUGUUGCCCAGUUCGUUGCAUAGUUUGUACUCAGGAUGAUAUCAUCCCUCACCUUUGUUCUUUUUUUGAAGAGA